CGCAUCUACAGCCCCACAACCACGAGCUCUUUUUAAGUAAAAAAAAAACUUCACCGUCUUUCUCUCUUUUAUCCUCCCUUCUUUUCCUUUCGAUAUCUGAUUUCCUCUGUUUUCUUCCCUUUUUAACCCUCAUCCGUUUUAUUUUACGUUUUCCAUUAAACCCAAGAGGAAAACAAAAAAAUUACAAAAAUUAAAAAUCGCCCUACAAAUUAAUUUCAAACCCAUCUUCUUCUCCUCUUCUUUGAUUUUUCCUUCCAAUUUGGGCGAGUCAGAUUUCUAGGGUUUACGAGUUCCGAGAAGUGCCUAAUAUCCUUGUUCGUUCCAAUUUUGAGGGUCAUAACAAUCGAAUAACCCUAAUUUUUGUGCGAAUUUGAUUUCGUUGGGGGUUCGAGUUUUGGAUUUUGCAACUGCAUGUUGUUUUUUUCUUUCUUAUGUUGAGUUGAGUGGAUAAAAUAAUUAGGCUUUUCCGAGAGUGGAAGCAUGGCGGAGGAAGCGAGAGAAGAGGAGGUGGAGUACGAGAGCGAUCCGGAGGAGGCGAAACUAUCGUUGAAGAUGCGGAGGAGGGAGGCCAGCGAUGAUGAGGAGGAAGUGGAAAGGGAUGGGGAAGUUGGAGAGGUGAGUGGUGGAGCGAAGCCGCGCAGGAGAUUGGUUGACUCCGACGUUGAAUCGGAUGGUCAAGGCGCGGCGGCUAAUUAUGAAGAUGAGGAGGAGGAAGAGGAUUAUGUGGAGGACGAAGAAGAGUAUGUGGAGGAGGAUGAUGAGUAUGUGGAGGAGUUGGAAGAGGAAGCUUAUGAAGACGGAAGGGGCCAAAUUGGCGGAGUUGAGGCGGUGGCCAAGGAACGGGAGGUGGUGGUUGAAGGUAAAGAGGAUUUUGAGGACGGCAUUGGGUCUAAACCAAGAGAAGGUGUUGAUGGGUCCAACGAGCAUAGAAAUUUUGAUGAAAUCUCAAAUGAUAAUCAGCAGGGGGAUGGAGAGGUAGAUGGUGACAGGGAGGAGGAGGAAAAGAAAGAAAAUGAACCAUUUGCUGUGCCUACUGCCGGGGCUUUCUAUAUGCACGAUGAUAGGUUUCGUGACAGUUCCGGUGGACGACACAGGCGUACUUUUGGUGGUAGAAAAUUGUGGGAGUCGAAAGAUGAGAAGAAAUGGGGACAUGACAAGUUUGAGGAGCUGACUCAGCAAGAAAGGCAUUAUGAUGAUGGUAGGAGAAUUUCUCGAGGGAGGUAUCGAGGCCGUGGUAGGGGUCGAGGUGCAGAACGAGGGGGAUUUGUGCGAGGUAGCAAGCCAAGAUCGUAUGUUGCUAGUAAAGAUCAAACUAAGAACAACCAGAGCAAUGUUCCCAAGAGUGUUAGAGGACGAGGGCCGAGAAAAUAUCAGGCUUCUUUCAAGAACAAUGAUGAAGUAGCAUCCAUGCCAAACCAACAAUCUGGAAAGACAGCUGAUAAACCUUCUCAUUCUGGGUCUGGGAGAGUAUCUGCGCCCACAUCUAACGUGGCCUCUGAAGCUGUGCAAGCUAAAAAAAAUGUUUUUGCUUCAAGUUUAAAUUCGGCAUCUCCUCCAUUUUAUCCUUCUACUUCUGCCUCUAAAGAGAUUCCUUUAGCACAGAAGAGGGAUGUACAAUCAGGGACUUCUAACCGUCGGACUCAUUCUUCUGGCGAGCAGAACUUUUCUACAGCACAAUCUAGUAGUGUCCAAAGGGGAAAGGUCGCAGUUGAUUCUAUUGGCAUGGAUAAACUUUAUAUUGAUGAUUCACUAUCCACAGUUUCUGGGAAGCCUUCAACCAAUACGCAAUUUCCUUCUGGAUCUACACCCAUGAAUGCUACUCAACCGCUGCCAAUGAGGGCCCAUGGAAGAGGAAUGAAUAGCUUGCCUCAGAUGACUUACCAACCAACUGGAGCUACUAGCCAAGGCAACAGGAUUUCCCCAUCAAAUCAGUUUCACCCUGCUAAGAGAAAUCUUGUUCAGGGUCGAGGACAACCUUCUUUUCAAGCUUCGGGUCAGCAGUUUGUCCCUACUACAGCAAGUGGAUCUCAAGUUUCUUCUCCUCCAAAAGCGACUCUUGUUAAAAGUUCUUUUGAAACUGGAGAGAAGGAAACUACUUCAGAUAUAAGCAAGUCCAAGGCUGCAUUGGUGGUUAAAGGAAAGGGCGCUGCUCAAGGUAGUGGUAGGGGUUCAUUUUUGUAUGGUGGAGCUCAAGUUAUGGGGGCUUCUGGGAACUUGGGAAGUGGUCCCGGGGAUCAGAAUUUCCCUGCCUUUUUGCCCGUUAUGCAAUUUGGGGGCCAGCAUCCCGGUGGUAUCGGAGUUCCUGCUGUUGGCAUGGCCUUUCCUGGGUAUGUUGCUCAGCCUCAACUUGGUGGCUUAGGGAACUCUGAAAUGACCUGGCUGCCUGUCUUGGCUGGUGCUGCUGGAGCGUUGGGUGCAACUUACUGUUCUCCAUAUAUGUCCAUGGAUGGCUCCUACAGUAUGCGCCCGUCUGGUCCAGCAUCUUCUGCAGCUGCUGCUUCACUCAAAGAAAAUAAUGCUGAUAAACCCAGUAAUGAAUGGAAUCCCUCAUCUAGGCCUGAGGUUUCUACUGAUGAUUUUGGCCAGCGGCAAAAGAAUCCUCGCAGAUACACAGAGAUGAAGUUUGACCAGUGAAAUUAUAGAUAGGUGGAGUUUGUACCAAGAGUUAAGUUCCCCCAUGAAAUCUUUCAUUUGUUGGGUGUAGCAAGAUUCUGAGUUGGUUCUGGUGCGGCAGGCUUCUUUCCAAGCCCUUUGUGUUCUUCAGUUAUUGAUCUGGUACACUUAGGGCUGCCCACUGUACUUUGGAGUACUGUAGGUAUUGUAUCUGCUGUUGCUUUUUAAUUUUGUCAUCCAUGAAAUUAUUUUCCAGUUAGUACUCUAGGUACUCUAGGUACUAAGUUAAUAUGCUUUAAGCAGGUUAGCCUUGUACUCAGUUUUUGUACAAAAUGGUCAUUUCUACUGGGGAUAGUUUAGUAUCCUGGCAUUUGGUACUUUGUGUUGAUCUCAUAUCUUUGAAGUUGGUUACUAUCUGUGAGUGAAAGUUUCAGUUGAAAUCUGAUGCUAUGUUGUAUAUCAUUAUCUGGCAUUUUAUUGGUGGGUAUUUUGAAUUAGCAAACAUGGAGGCCACUUGUGUGGAUACCUUUACCAUCAUAGUUGCAGUCAUCUAUUACUGUCGAUUGAGUUGUUACGUUUUGGGGGAAGAAUAUAAAUUGAGUUAGGUGUUUGAAGUUCAAAAGGCACUCUCUAACUGAUGUAUGCAUUAUUUUUGUGUCAUUAGGUCUAUGAAGUACAUUCCAAGCUUCUUUUCCUCCAAGUUGUAUCUUAGGCAUUUUUCUGCCUCUUUGUUGCAGGUAAAUACGUGUUAAAAAAAAACUACUCUUGCUGCUUUAUUCAAAGAAAAACAAUGCAGCUUGAUGGGUGGUGGUUUGUUCUGAUAUGCGGUAUGGGGGCUGAGAGCUCAAGGACCUUUGAUUUUUUUUUCUUCUGUGUAUGCACAGAGAUCGUAAAAAUGGUAGAGUUGAUUCAUCUUUUUGGUUUCAGGUGGUUCUGGCUUUGAUUUUAUUUUAUGAGGCGUGUGUCAAGUCUAACUAGCUUCUUCGUGGAUAUGAUGGAAAAGAACAAGAUGUUUAAAUUGUGCGGCAGCUGCUUUGCUUCCAGAGACUUAGUUGUGUUUUCAGUGUAAUUGGAUUAUUUUGGUGUUCCUUUUGGGGUUCGGUUUAUCAAUAAUUUAGAUGUUGGAGAGACUUGAUGUUGUCAAUAAUACUCUUCUUGUCAAUGAAAUCGUUUUUAGUAGAACAUCUAUUUCUGUUCUGACGUUAUGGUUCAUGUUUAUUUGCUGGCUUUUGAUAUCUUAUUUCGCUCCAUGGUGUUCAUAGUCUCUGAUGCAGUUCAAUCAACCAACAGUAAUUUCUUGUGAAAUUAUAAUAGUAUACUCUCUCUGUCC